AUGUUGGACGACGACCCCCCGCCGCCCACCCUCGGCGCUUACACGCAGCCUGUUUCGACCACUGUCCGAGAAUGCCAGCUCUUGUUCGACCGGGGCUGCGUGUGGGCCUUCAGCCUGCACCGCGAGGAGGCGGUCGCCUGCUUCCAACGUGCAGCUGAGGCGGACUCGGCGUGUGCAAUGGCGCACUGGGGCGUCGCCUUCGCGAAUGGGCCCGAUUACAACUGGAACGAGAGCGCCGGCUUCUUCGCGGCGGCCGCGCAGCACGCGGGCUAUCCCAGCUUCAAGGUUGCCGCCGAUGCUCUCGAGCGGGCGGCGGCGGCGCUGACCGACGAGAGCCCUCAGCGCGAGCGAGAUCUGGUCGGCGCGUUGGCCCUGCUGUUCGAGUGGCCAGUGACGCCGACCGCGGCGCAGCGCAAG